CUGGGGAACUUUGGAGAGAAGAAGGAAAAAUUUUUAAAAAUAAAAAAGAUAUUACAAUGAAAAAGGAGGAGGGGUGAUAAUUGUUGAAGCUGGAUUAAUAUUGAGAGUCCAUUGUACUGUUCUCUGCUUUGUGUAUGUAAGAAAUUUCCAUAGGGAAAAGUAUAAAGUGGAUGAGGGGGCUUGUUUUUAAGAGAGAUUAAAGAGGCAUAAGAUACUAAGACAGGAAUAGACACACACAAAUGCCCAUUUGAUUUUUUACAAAGGUGCAAAAGCAAUUGAGUAGAGGAGACAUAACCUUUUCAACAAAUGCUGCUGGACCAAUUGGAUAUCCAUAGGGAAAAAAAAUUUAGGAACUAAAACUAAGUGAACACAUAUCUUAGACAUAUCAAAAGCAUGUUCCAUAAAAGGAAAAAAAGAUAAAUUAAGCUUCAUCAAAAUUAAUUUGCUCUGCAAAAGACUCUUCUAAGAAGAUGAGAAUAUGUUACAGACUGGGAGGAAAUAUUUGCAAAUGAUAUAUCCAACACAGGAUUUCUAUGUAGACUAUACAAAGAAUUCUCAAAACUCAACAGUAAUGAAUAGAUCCAAUUGGAAAAUGGGCAAAAGACAUGAACAGACAUGUCACCGAAGUAUAGAUGGCAAGUAAAUGAAAAGAUGUUCAACAUUAUUAGCCAUUAGGGAAAAGCAAGUUAAAAAUCACUGCACACCUAUCAGAAUAGCUUAAAAAAUGUUAACACCAGAUGCUUUAAAAAUGCAGAGAAACAGUCUCAUAUGUUGCCAGGAAUCUUAAGCGGUAAGGCCACUCUGGGAAAUAGUUGGAUAGUUUCUUAGAAAACCAGCCAUGCACUUACCAUAUGACCCAGUACUGGCACUCUUUAGCAUUUAUUCCAGAGAAAUGAAAGCUUAUGUUCCCACAAAAACCUGUACAUGAGUGUUCACAGCAGUUUUAUUCGUAAUAGUCAAAAUCUGUAAGUAACCCAGAUAUCAUUCAACAGGUGGUUAAAACAAGUGUGGUAUAUCUACAUCAUGGAUUUAUAUUACUCUGCAGUAGUACUCUGCAGUAAAAUGGAAUGACCAAUUGAUACCUGCAUUGAGUCAAGUGAAUUUCAAGAGAAUUACGUUGAGUGAAAAAGUCCAAUAUCAAAAGGUCAUAUACUGUAUGAUUCCAUUUAUUUAAUAUUCUAAAAUGGCAAAACUAUAGAGAUUGAAAAACAGAUUAGUGGUUGCCUGAGGUUGGGGAUGGUGGGAGGGAGCGAGGGGAAAGGGAGUGGUAGGGCUAGAGAGGUCUUUGUGAUGUUGCAACAGUUGUGUUUCUUGAUUGCGGCGGUGGUUACACAGAUCCACACGUGAUGAAAUGACAUAGAAGUAUACACACACAUUGUACCAAUGUCCGUUUCCUGAUUUUUAUAUUAAACUGUAAUUAUGUAAGAUGUACCCAUUGGGGAAAAGUGAAAGGUAGCACCUUUGCAACUUCCUGUGAAUCUGUAAGUUCAAAAUAAAAAGUAAAAAAAGAAAGCUGAAGAGCCAUAACCAAAUGCAGUGUGUGAAACUGAUUUGGGAAAACAAAAUUAUGAAAUGUAUGUUUUAGGACAGUUGGGGAAACUUGACUAUGACUAGAUAUUAGAUUAUAUUAGGGAAUUAUUGUUAGUUUUCUGACCUGUAAUCAUUACAGGUCAUUAGUUUGGAGAAUUUUUAUUAUUAAAAGAUGCAUAUUAAGGUAUUUGUAAUGAAGUGUUUUGAUGUUCACAACUUUCAAAAACAUGUUUUUCAGUAUGUUUAGAGAGAGAAGGCAAACGUAGCAGUGUUAAUUGUUGAAUCUAGAUGGAGGAUACAGGUAUUCAUUGUACCAUUCUUUCAACUUUUCUGUACCGUUUGAUAUUUUCAAAAUAAAAGGUUUGGGGCAAAAUAAUCAGGUCUUUCCACAGAUUAAUGCUUUGUAGCUUCAGGCUCCGGGGUCCGCGCCUUGUUUAACUGCCCCUGCGCAGCCUGGGGAUGCCCCUCUCCCUGAGGCUCAGGGCCACAGCCCACCUAAACGCUGCUGCUCCCAUCCCUGGUCCGGAGCGACAUUGGACACCCAUCGAGAAGAAAGCACCUCCGAGAUUCCUAGAGAGGCCGGUCUGGCGACUUGGAGAGCCGGAAGCCCUGCCGAGGCACUUCCUGUCCGGUCAUUGUUCUCGCGCUGGUAGGCGCGGAGAAUCCGGCCUGCCGGCCUCCUGCUCUGGAGCCCGGGGUCCCCGGCCGGGGUUCUGUGCGGCGCACGACAGUACUCAUCCUAGUCCUGGGAAGAAACUCAAGAAGAAGAUUUUGAACCUUAAAGAUUAGAUGGGGCUUGACCUGUGUUGGGCAGCCCCCAGCUAUAGGAGUUUCCCUGCUGGGGAGAGAAGAUGACUGCAGAAUUGAGAGAGGCCAUGGCCCUGGCCCCUUGGGGCCUAGUGACAGUGAAAAAGGAGGAGGAAGAGGAGGAAAACUACCUAGGUCAGGCAUCCAGCCAACAAGUGCACUCUGAGAACAUCAAAGUCUGGGCCACUGGGGAGGGUCCUCAGACAGGCCUUGAUGUAUCAGAACAGGAGGGAAAGGGUCAGAACAUGUUCUGGGACAUGGCUGUAGUCCUGAAAGCAACGCAGGAGGCACCUGCUGCUUCAACCCUUGGCAGCUACUCAUUACCGGGGCCUCUGGCCAAGAGUGAGAUACUGGAGACUCAUGGGAGCAUAACCUCUCUAGGUGCUGAAACCAAGAAGCCACAGUUACUGGUUCCAAAAACUGAGAUAUGUGAUGAAGCAGAAAAACCCUUCAUAAUAUCAGGAAGAAUCCAGAAAGUCGACCUUCAAGGGCCGGAGUUAGGAGAAGCCUGUGAAAGAGGGAACGUGUUAAAGAGGCAGAGAAUCAAGAGGGAAAAGAAAGAUUUCAAACAAGUGCCAGUGAAGGACUGUCAUGUACCUGAAAGCUUCAAAGAAGAAGAAGACCAGAAAUUUCAGAAAUCUGGGGAAAAAUACAGCCUUAGUUCUGGCCCUGGUAGAAAUCAGAAAAGCCAGCCUGGGCAGAAACCUUUCACAUGUAGCGUGUGUGGGAAAGGCUUUAGUCAGAGUGCGAACCUGGUAGUGCACCAGCGCAUCCACACUGGGGAGAAACCCUUCGAAUGUCAUGAGUGUGGGAAGGCCUUCAUUCAGAGUGCAAACCUUGUUGUGCAUCAGCGAAUCCACACUGGACAGAAACCGUAUGUUUGUUCAAAGUGUGGGAAAGCCUUCACUCAGAGUUCAAAUCUGACUGUACAUCAAAAAAUACACUCCUUAGAAAAAACCUUUAAGUGCAGUGAAUGUGAGAAAGCCUUCAGUUAUAGCUCACAACUUGCUCGGCACCAGAAAGUCCACAUUACAGAAAAAUGCUAUGAAUGCAACGAGUGUGGGAAAACAUUUACUCGGAGCUCAAACCUCAUUGUCCACCAGAGGAUCCACACUGGUGAGAAGCCCUUUGCCUGUAAUGAUUGUGGCAAAGCCUUCACCCAGAGUGCAAAUCUUAUUGUGCAUCAGCGAAGCCAUACCGGUGAGAAGCCAUAUGAGUGUAAAGAGUGUGGAAAAGCAUUUAGUUGUUUUUCUCACCUUAUUGUGCACCAGAGAAUUCACACUGCAGAGAAACCUUAUGACUGCAGCGAGUGUGGAAAAGCCUUCAGUCAACUCUCUUGCCUUAUUGUGCACCAGAGGAUUCACAGUGGAGACCUUCCUUAUGUGUGUAAUGAGUGCGGGAAGGCCUUCACAUGCAGCUCCUACCUGCUUAUUCAUCAGAGAAUCCAUAAUGGGGAAAAACCGUACACGUGCAAUGAGUGUGGCAAGGCCUUCAGGCAGAGGUCGAGCCUCACCGUGCACCAGAGAACCCACACUGGGGAGAAGCCCUACGAAUGUGAAAAGUGUGGUGCAGCUUUCAUUUCUAACUCGCACCUCAUGCGGCACCACAGAACCCAUCUUAUUGAGGACCAGUUGGGUCCUGGCCCGGCCGCCCGCCUGCCCCUUCUCCGGCGUCCAGCAGGAGGAACAGAGCAGGAGAACCACAAUGAAGAAGACACCGCCCGGCUUCCUAGAGCUGCCGUGCGAGAGUCUGCAGCUGGGUUCUUCUGCCGCCCGGACCGGUUGACUGAGCAGCGCCUGGGCGCCGAGGGUUUGGGGUCUACGCUCCACGACCGACCGGACCGGCGGCAGCACCGCCGCCUCGCGCUCUGCUCCAGACCUUCCCAGAAAGUUUGCCUUGGACUUAUUAUGGGCUGUCCCCACUGCCCACCAGUGAAGGGAAUGGGAGAAGCCCUCCAAGGCUACCUGCUGCCUGGGACCCACCUGGUUCCUGUCCUGGGGGCCACUGCUGGGGAAGUGCUGCUGGAGCUGAAGCAAGGGGCCUCAGCCAGGCUGGAUAUUGAGGCCAAAGUUGAAAAGGAGGGUGUGAUUCUGGAGCAAACAAAUCUGAAAGGAGACGUCUCUGAAAGACUCCAGGGCAAGAUUCCAGAGGGCUAUGUUUUCGGGGAAGCCAGAGAAGCGGGGAGCAGGAGAGCUGAGCAUUCUGAACAGCCUGCAGACAAGAAGGCCUUCAGCCAGAGCUCAAGCCUCAUCGUGCACCAGGGUGUGCACACAGGUGAGAAGUCAUCCGUGAGCCCUGAAUGCAGCAAGACCUUCAGCCGAAGCUCUCACCUCCUGGUGCAUCGGUGGAGCCACACCAGCAAGAGGCCCUAUGAGUGCCAUGAGUGUGGCAAGGCCUUAACCGGCAGCUCCUACCUCCUGGGGCACCAGCACAUCCACACGGGCCCCAGUUCACCCCCAAUGACAAACCCUUCAAGAAGCCUACAAAACACUUUCCUCCUCAAAUCAAGUGCACAUGAAGCCCCAGCGCUGGGGGCCGCGGGGUCUCCUGCCCGUCCCUCCCGCCCACCGCAGACCCCGGCCCGCUGCGCCGACGGGAAGCCCGCUCGGCCCCGGCGCGGCGUCCUGGCCUCCUCCAGUCCAGUCUCGCUCGCUCGCCAGGCCUCCGGGGCGCCCCGGCCCGACAGGCCCAGAAAACACCACGUUGGCGACUCGCGGAGCCUCAAGCUGGACCCCUCACUCUCAGGAUUUACCGGAGAUGGGCUGGCCGGAAGUGGGGCUGGAGAGCCUCUGGGGACCCCAGGGGCCGACCGCUCUAGGAAUCUCGGAGGGCUUCUGAUCUCGACGCCUCCCUGCAUCGGUCGCCCAUAUUUGAAUGGAAGCAUCACGCUGGUCUAUGCCAAUUUAAAAUCUGCAGUGUUGUCAAUUGCCCCAAACGCCUGCUUGGAGGCCUCCAUCGAGAUGCUCCUCCUGCUUCCUAGAGAAGAGCCGAGGGAUGCGCGAGACAGGUGCGCGGAGCCGCUGGUGACGCACUACCGGUGGCGCCACUGCUCUUCCGGCCCCGGCGGGCAAGCCGUGCCCUGGCUUCCGUGCAUUUCAGGGACUGAAGUCGCCGCCCCGCGGGAAAUCCCCGGACCUCACGGUUGGGUGAACAAGACUACUUCAGAGCAGGAUGUCUCUGUAAUUGAUUCACCAGGGAUGGUAGCAAAGAGACUCCAAGAGGAUGAAUACCAGGAUUCUGCAUUCGAAGAAACAUAUGGAUGUGAGAGCAUGAAGGGAAACCCUCCCCGAGAGUUUCCUGGGCCAGGCCUUUUCCAGGAAGGAGGUUUUGGGGGAAUAACUUUCAUCCACAAAGAAGCACCUCCUGAGAUGUUUAGCCAAGAAUAUCAUUUUGAAAAAAGCUUGCUUUUGACCUCAAGCCUUGUUAAACAUCUCAGGGUUUCUACAGAAGAGAGCUUACAUCAGUGGGAGACAAGUAGCAUACACACCAAUGAGAUUUCAGACCAGGGUAAAUGUCCAGCCCUUUCCACACAGAAAAAGUCUUGGAAAUGUAACGAAUGUGGAAAAACUUUUACUCAGAGCUCAUCUCUUACCCAACAUCAGAGAACUCAUACUGGGGAGAGACCCUAUGCAUGUGAGGAAUGUGGGAAAGCCUUUAGUCGUAGUUCAUUCCUUGUUCAACAUCUAAGAAUUCACACUGGAGUGAAACCAUAUGGAUGUGAGCAAUGUGGGAAAACAUUUCGAUGUCGAUCGUUUCUCACUCAGCAUCAGAGAAUCCACACUGGAGAGAAACCUUAUAAAUGUAAUGAGUGUGGGAAUUCCUUCCGCAAUCAUUCACAUCUCACUGAACAUCAGAGGAUUCACACUGGAGAGAAACCUUAUAAAUGUAAUAGAUGUGGGAAGGCAUUCAAUCAGAACACACACCUCAUUCAUCAUCAGAGGAUUCACACUGGUGAGAAACCUUACUUAUGCAAUGAAUGUGGCUCUUCUUUUCGCAAACACUCAAAUCUUACACAGCAUCAGAGAAUCCACUCUGGGGAAAAACCCCAUAAAUGUGAUGAAUGUGGGAAAACUUUCCAAACAAAGGCAAACCUCUCUCAGCAUCAGAGAAUUCAUACUGGAGAGAAACCCUAUAAAUGUAAGGAAUGUGGCAAGGCUUUUUGUCAGAGCCCAUCCCUUAUUAAACACCAGCGAAUUCAUACUGGAGAGAAACCCUAUAAAUGUAAGGAAUGUGGCAAAGCUUUUACUCAGAGCACUCCCCUCACUAAGCAUCAGAGAAUUCAUACAGGGGAGAGACCCUACAAAUGCAGUGAAUGUGGCAAAGCCUUCAUUCAGAGCAUUUGCCUUAUUCGGCAUCAGAGAAGUCACACUGGAGAAAAACCCUAUAAAUGCACUGAAUGUGGGAAGGGCUUUAAUCAGAAUACCUGCCUCACUCAGCAUAUGAGAAUUCAUACUGGAGAGAAGCCCUAUAAAUGUAAAGAGUGUGGGAAAGCCUUUGCUCAUAGCUCAUCUCUCACUGAACAUCAUAGAACUCACACUGGUGAGAAGCUCUAUAAAUGUAGUGAGUGUGAGAAAACCUUCCGCAAGUAUGCACACCUUAGUGAACAUUACAGGAUUCACACUGGUGAGAAGCCUUAUGAAUGCAUUGAAUGUGGAAAGUUCUUCAGACAUAGUUCAGUCCUUUUCAGACAUCAGAAACUUCACACACAGGAGAAACCCUCAAAGUGUAGUGAAUGUGGAAAAUUCUUUACUCAGAGAUCAUCCCUUAUCCAGCAUCAGAGGAUUCACACAGGAGAAAAGCCCUAUGUGUGUAGCGAAUGUGGAACUUGUUUCCGUAAACAGUCAAAUCUUACUCAACAUCUGAGGAUUCAUACGGGAGAGAAACCUUAUAAAUGUAAUGAAUGUGAGAAAGCCUUUCAAACAAAAGCAGUCCUUGUUCAGCAUCUGAGAAUUCAUACUGGAGAAAAACCCUAUAAAUGCAAUGAAUGUGGCAAGGCCUUUUGUCAGAGUCCAUCCCUUACUAAACACCUGCGAAUUCAUACUGGAGAGAAACCCUAUAAAUGCACUGAAUGUGGCAAGGCCUUCAGUCAGAGCAUAUGCCUUACACGUCAUCAGAGAAGUCAUUCUGGAGAUAAACCUUAUAAGUGCAAAGAAUGUGGGAAAGCCUUCAAUCAGAGUGCAUGCCUCAUGCAGCAUCAGAGAAUCCAUUCGGGAGAGAAGCCCUACACGUGUACUGAAUGUGGAAAAGCCUUCACUCAGAACUCUUCGCUUGUUGAACAUGAGAGAACUCACACUGGAGAGAAACUUUAUAAGUGUAGUGAGUGUGAAAAAACUUUCCGCAAGCAAGCACACCUUAGUGAACAUUACAGAAUUCAUACUGGAGAAAAACCUUAUGAAUGUGUUGAAUGUGAGAAAUCCUUUAGGCACAGUUCAGCGCUUCUUCGGCAUCAGAGGCUUCAUGCUGGACAAUAAAACUUGGGACAUGACCAGUGUGUUAAGUUUAAGACUUAAUCUUAAUUUUCAGCUGGUAUGAAUGUUUUGUAUGUUGAACAAGAGGCACUGUAUCCUAAAAGCUAAGAAAAUAGACUCAGAACUAAAUAGCCUUGAGUUUGAUGCCUUGUCUAUCACUUAAUGGGUGUGUGACCUUAUCCUCUCUGAUCCUCGGUCCACCUCCCCCAGACAAUAAUGAGGAUACUUACUAGGGUUGUCUUGAGAAUAAAAUGAGUAUGUAAUAAAACCCGCCAUUAAUUGGUUUUGAGAUAUACAUGUUCUGAAAGUUUAUAAAUCUGGGUGUUGAAAAUAAGAAGAGUUCAGCAUUAGUUUUUUUUUUUUUUUUGGUUCUCCUAAUGUGUUUUUCCCUAAGAACAUUCUUGGAAUGUACAUUAUUGGAUUUAAUUUCACUUCAAGCUCUACCCUUCUUUUUGCCAUGAAGAGGGGAGACUUGCUGACACUAACUGAAUUAAAAACUCACAUUGCAGGACUUUUGUGUGUGUUUGGGGGCUGGUGGUGAGCAGAAGGCAUAUGAGAAUAGAGAGGGGUGGAAGAGAGAAGAGAAUAUAAGCACGUUGAGGAGGAUGUGGCUUGACUUGUCUUAAACACUAAACUAUUACGGGAAAGAGAGAGUAGGAGACAUUGAAUACUCAGGUGCCGCCAGCAGGUGGUGCACUGAGCAACAACUAGCUGCCUUUCAAAAGAAGGUGAGAACAGUGUCGGGGAUGUGUAUGGGUUGGGGGUACCUCACUUACAACAAAGAAUGGCAUCUUAAAGCUCUAAAGAAGCAAAGAAAUCAAAGGAUACUUUUGAUGGUGCUUUCUGCAAUGCUAAUAAGCUAUUUAAUGUAAACAAGCACAUCUAACACUAACAGUACCUUUGUAGGAAGGUUGGAGCUAUAUUCCACAUUCGAAAGUCAAAGAAAAAGAGAGAAAAUACUUGGACUUGCUCAAAGUCAAACAGGUAAUGUCAGAAUUGAAUAUCAAUCGAAAUUCUGUUUUUAUAGUACCAAACUCACAUACAGGUAAUUUUCCAUCAUUGAACCUUUCCAUUAAAGUGUGAGAUGCCAAAAUUGUGAAAACUAUUAAAAAAAAAUAAAGGUUUAUUUUUUUCAACUUAA